GUGAAAUUCCAGGAAACCGAGCAGUCAAACAUGGAUUUUUCCCAGAAAAGGUUUUCACUUUUUCUUUUUACAGAGAAAAAUGCUCUAAUUCUCUCGUCCGAAGAGAAAGGGGAAGAAAAGGAGGGAAGAUGGAGAGAAGAGCCAAAGCAAUAACUUCAAUUCUCUUCCUUGAAUUUCUAUUGCUGCACAACGCUGUAUCCCAGCAGACAUUUGAAGAAUCUGCCGCAGCGAGCACUCUUAAGCAGGAACCGCAUCAUACUCAUGAGGUACAUUGUUCCAGAGAAAGAAGUAGGGCAGCCUGGCAAAUUAUAGAGGAUUAUUUGAUGCCAUUUGUGGAAGAAGAAGGGUAUCAGAUUUCGACUAAGUGUAGGCUUCAUCCAGACAAUGAUCUUUUCAGGGAUCAGGAGCAGCAUAAGAUUCAUUUGGAUGUAAAUGAGUGGCGGUGUGGAUAUUGUAAGAAAAGCUUCCGUGCUGAAACAUUUCUUGAUCAGCAUUUUGACAACAGGCACUACAAUCUUCUAAAUGUUAAUCAAACCAAGUGCUUGGCUGAUUUAUGUGGAGCAUUGCAUUGUGAUUUUGUGAUGGGUUCCAAGUUGCUCAAGACCAAAUGCAAUCCUGCUGCUGCUAUGAGGAAUCGCCAUCUUUGUGAGAGUCUUGCCGAUAGCUGUUUUCCUGCCAGUCAGGGUCCUUCUGCCAGCCGCCUUCAUGAAUUGUUUCUGCACCAAUUUUGUGAUGAUCACACUUGCUCUGGAAAAAGAAAACCCUUCCCUAAAGGAGGCAAGAAGCAAAUAAAUUUACUCUACAUGGCUACAUCAAUACUGAUUUUGAUGCUGCUGCCUCUUUUCUAUCUUCUUUAUUAUUUAUAUCAAAGAGAUAUGAAGACAGGAACCCAAGUGCUAAGGCGAGUAUCACAAGUUGGACGGAAAGCAAAACCUUCAUAGUUGUCAGCAAUGUGUGGUUCGAACAGAAACAGCAAAAGUUUCUAAGGGUUUGACUUUGCACAUCUUGUUUUUGACAUUCACGUCAUUGGGGAGAAAAGUUUGCUUUAAAAGAUACUCCAUUAAUUAAAUAUGAAAGGUGGUUUUUCGCCUAAAAGUGUAUAUAUAUAUAUAUAUAUGUAUGUAUGUAUGUAUGUAUGUAUAUUAUAUGAAUAGUGGUUAAAAAACAAUCAGAGGCUGUUGUCAUUCUCUGUUAUCCGAAAAAAGAAGAAAAGAGCUAUUUUGGUAGUUUAAGUUUAUUAUACUUCUAUUUUAGCAUUCCUUCCUUAUCUUUUCUUCUGUGUAACAAAUUGUGUCACCAUAAUUUAGUUGGGAUCAGUGAAUAAAAUAGACUCACAAGGGUUAUCUUGGUUUAAUCCUUUCCUUCAGUUGUUUAGGUUAUGCUUGGCAGGUACUUGGACUUAUAACUAUUUUUAAACCUUAUCUUCUCUUUCCCCUUUUCUUCACUUCUUCAUUUUUGG